AUGACCGUGGAAGUCCUUAAACCCGCAGACAACCACCUAAGCCACGGCCUUCCUGUGAAUGGCGUUAUUGGCGUUGCAAAAAUUCACGUCAACGGGACCGUUCCCCAUGUCAAUGGCCUGAAUGGCACCAAUGGCCUCGCACCUAUGCAGGCCAAUGUCAACGGUGACACGUCGACUUCCGUGCACGCCGCUGGCACCACUGGAACCAGAGCACAGAUUCCCAUUGCCAUUUGUGGUAUGGCACUUCGGCUUCCUGGCGGCUUAGAAACUCCUCAGCAGUUAUGGGAUUUUCUAUUGGCCAAGGGUGAUGCCAGGAGUGUGGUGCCAGAGUCUCGCUACAACAUUUCGUCAUACCACUCCACGUCUGGACGGCCUGGCUCGGUUACUACUAAGUAUGGAUACUUCCUCAAUGAUGAUGUUAGCUUGGGUGCUUUUGAUACUUCUCGAUUCACUCUUAGCCGUGCUGAGCUCGAAGGUGCUGACCCUCAGCUGCGCCGCAUGCUCGAGGUGGUCAGAGAGUGUUUCGACGAUGCUGGCGAGGUAAAUUUUAGAGGAAGAAAUAUUGGGUGUUACAUUGGAUCUUACGGUGAAGAUUGGUUGGAAAUGCAAACCAAAGAUCCUCUUCAGUCUGGUCCUUACAGAGUCGACGGUUACAGCGAUUUCAUGUUGACCAACCGGGUUUCAUAUGAGAUGGACAUACAUGGACCGAGUAUGACGGUCCGCACUGCGUGUUCAUCUGCUCUCACCAGUCUACAUGAGGCUUGUCUUGCAAUCCAACAUGGCGACUGCGAGGCUGCUAUAGUAGGAGGUAUCAACUUGAUCCUAGCUCCUGCCAUGACAGCUUUCAUGUCAGAGAAAGGCGUCCUCUCUCCUGAAGGCUCGUGCAAAACCUUUUCCAGCGACGCAGAUGGAUACGCGAGAGGCGAGGGCAUCUCAGCUGUGUAUAUUAAACCGCUAGACGCGGCCUUGCGCGACGGAAACCCCAUUCGUGCCGUGAUCAAGAGCACUAUGGCUAAUCACGAUGGAAAAACUCAGGGAAUUACCUAUCCCAGUACUGACUCCCAAGAAGCCAUGAUCAGAAAGACAUACCAGCUCGCGGGGAUCAGCGACUUUUCUCAGACUGCUUUUGUGGAAUGUCACGGCACUGGAACUGCUGUUGGAGAUCCUAUAGAGACCAACGCCGUUGCUCGCGUAUUUGGUGACGCGGGUGUCUUUAUUGGCUCGGUCAAACCAAACUUAGGCCACUCUGAAGGUGCAUCGGGCCUCACAUCAUUGAUCAAAGCCGUACUCAGUCUGGAAAACCGUACCAUUCUACCAAACAUUAAACUCUCUAGCCCGAACCCAAAGAUUCCCUUCAAGGAAAGAAAGUUGAUCGUUCCUCUCAAUCCCAUCCCCUGGCCAGAAUCUCGCCACGAGAGAGUUAGUGUGAACUCCUUCGGUAUCGGAGGAUCUAAUGCGCAUGUCAUUCUCGAUUCAGCGCGCAGUGUUAGAUCCUCCAACUUUACCAGCAAUGGCUAUACUACUCCAGCUCCUGACACUGCCGCAAAAAAGCAGUCCAGUCCCAGCUCGCAGUUGUUGGUAUUCUCAGCCAGCUCAGGGUCAUCUUUGAAAACGAUGAAGCAGACUUUCCACGAUUUGGUUGGCAGCAAAUGCCUAGGACCGCUUUCAUCUGAAUACCUCCAAAACCUAGCAUACACUCUGGCAAACAAAAGAGAGCACCUUCCACAUCGCGCUUUCAUGGUUGCCCAGAGUGACGGGGCUGGCGUUGUAUCUCCAAGCAAGAGAGUAGCAGGCUCGCGGCCAAAUCUUGUCAUGGUUUUCACCGGGCAAGGUGCUCAGUGGCCUCGUAUGGGUCGGGAGCUGCUUCUGCGCUCUGAUCUCUGUUUUCAAAGUACCAUUCGCUCCCUCGAUAAACACCUCCGAGAUGCGCAGGCACCUUCUCUUCCACGAUGGACCUUGGAAGAAGAGCUUUUGAAGCCACCACGGACGUCCGGUAUGCAGACAGCAGAGCUUUCACAGCCACUUUGUACCGCCAUCCAGAUUGGCCUAGUCAACAUGUUCUUGGCAGCCGGUGUUGAACCACAAGCGGCUGUGGGACACAGCAGCGGUGAGAUCGCGGGCGCAUAUGCUGCUGGGGCUCUGACUGAAAAGGAAGCCAUCAUUGUGGCCUGGCAGCGCGGUCUUGCUGUCAAGAAACAAACAAAACCCGGGGCUAUGGCUGCGAUAGGACUAGGCUUGGAUGAGGUGCGAGACCUCCUAUCUCCCAAUGUCACCGUCGCAUGUGAGAACUCGAACAAGAGCAUCACUUUGUCUGGUGAUGCUCCUGAGAUCAAUGACACAAUUUUGCGUAUCAAAAAGACGCACCCUGAAGCCUUAACAAGGCUCCUUAAGGUUGACAGGGCCUAUCACUCCCACCACAUGAGCGAAAUUGGAGAGGAGUACUCUGCUGUACUGCAGCGCAACUUCAUCGGUAGGAAACCGGUCAGGCCAUUCUUUUCAAGUGUAACUGGAAAGAUAGAGACAAUUCCGCUUGAUGGGCCAUACUGGCAGAAGAACCUUGAGUCCCGGGUGCUCUUUAGAACAGCAGUCCUACAGGUCCUCGCCCACAUCGAGAACCCUGUUUUCUUGGAACUAGGGCCCCAUUCAGCUCUUUCUGGCCCUCUUCGACAGAUCUCGGCUGAGGUGUCGAGCUCGGCCCCAUACGUGUCGACGAUGUCGCGUGGUGAGGACUGCACUAAGACCUUCCUCUCGGCCGUUGGCAAGUUAUUCGAGCUCAAUGUUCCAAUCGACUUUAGCACAAUCGUAACUGGUGGACACUGUCUUUCAGACUUACCCCCGUAUCCCUGGAACUACGAGACUGAGUACUGGCAAGAAUCAAGAAUAUCGCGCGAAUGGCGAAAUCGCGAGUUCCCAAGUCAUCCUCUCUUGGGUGUGCGCCAGCUUGAGAGCACCUCUCUCGAACCUAGCUGGCGGAAUCUACUUCUUGUAGACAAGGACUGCAGCUGGCUUCGCGACCACAGGAUUGAAAACAGCAUGGUUUUCCCCUGUGCAGGCUACCUUGCCAUGGUCGGUGAAGCGAUGAGACAGCUGAGUCGCCCGCACACUGGGCUCACUAUGCGCCGUAUUGUGAUUAGUACGGCUCUUCUUUUGGCCGACACGGGUAGCACCGAGUUGGUCACAACAUUCCGUCCUCAUCGACUCACCGACUCACUCCAAAGCCAGUGGUGGGACUUCACCAUUGCUUCAUUCAAUGGGCAUUCUUGGGUGUCGCACUGUACUGGUCAGGUUAUGUCUGAAGCUGGCAAUACUCAAACGGCAAAGGCUGACAACGCCCCGUUGCCUAGAAAGCUGGAGUCAGCGAGGUACUAUAAUUUCAUGGAUACAGCUGGCUUACAGUUUGGCCCUCGCUUUAGGCGCCUUGAGAACCCUAGAUGUGGUAUGGAGCAGGACUCAUCAACCGCUGACCUGUCUAACGUGACAAUCGGGGACGAAGAGAACUAUCACCUGCACCCAACAGCUGUAGAUGCAGUCUUUCAAUCGGCUCUCUUUGCAGCACUUAAGGGUCAUCCCAAUACCACGCUAUACCGGAGGGUGCCAACUAAGAUUGCGAGCUUGACGAUGCAUCAAUGUGAACCAAGCGGCGAUAUGAAGAUAUUAACGUCAGCAACACUGCUCAACCAUGGCGGUGGUCUCGUCGGCCAAGCUCAACAGGUCAUUCAAAAUGGAAAAAUCAUUUUCCACGUGGAGGGACUGAGAAUGUCGCCACUCCAGGAGGCUGAAGCAGCGGAUAAAGAUAUUUCUCAGUACCCGGCACGCCUCACAUGGGGCCCGCACCUCGACUUCCUGGAUGAUAAGCUUCUCAUUCAACCAUCGCUUCCCCGUGACGUGUACACUCCACUUUUGGACGAGCUGGCUCAACUGUGUCUCGUGUAUACGCAUCGUCUCAUAAAUGACGUUCCAACUUCAGUGUCCCACAUGGAAAAAUACCAGGCUUGGAUCAGCACCCAAGUACAAAGCUUGGGCGAGAGCAUAGAUCCAGCAAUCGCGGCUUCCGACGACGAAAGCAUCAUGGCGAAGAUCCGCAGCCUCACUCAGAACAUGUCUGACACACCCGUGGCAGCUUGUGCUAUUGCUAUGCAGAAGGUUGCCACGAACAUAUCUGGCUUGCUUUCUGGUCAAACCGAGGCCCUGGACAUCCUCCUGGCCGACAAUACACUCCAUGAGAUGUACGGCUCAAUGGACACAUGCGAUAGAUCAGAAUUCAUCAAACAUUUGGCCCAUACCAAACCCAAUCUCAAUAUCCUUGAGAUUGGUGCUGGAACCGGCGCCUCCACUGUGCAGAUACUGAAGGAUUUGACUCUGCCUAGGGCCAUGGGGUUUGCCUCAUAUGGCCACUACACUUUUACCGAUAUCUCCUCCGGAUUUUUUGUCUCCGCCAAGAAGCUACUCAAGGGCAAUAACAACAUGGAAUUCCGCACAAUGGACAUUAGCAAAGACCCUAUUGAGCAGGAUUUCAGCAGCGACGUGAAGUACGAUCUCGUCAUUGCCACCAAUGUGCUAUACGUCACAAAAAACCUUGGCGAAAGUCUCAGGAAUGUACGCAAAUUACUAGGCUCUGACGGUAGACUGCUCCUCGUUGACCUCUUCUCAACUUCGAAAUGGCCCAAUUUUAUCUUGGGUACUCUGCCCAGCUGGUGGUCCGGCGAGUCGGAUGGACGGUCUGACGAGCCAUAUGUCACCCCGGUCCGUUGGAACUCAGAACUUACAGCAGCGGGCUUUGAGCAACCUGCCAUUGUUCUCGACGGCGAGGAGCCUCAUCAGCUUAGUGCCCUCAUCGUAGCAAAAGCCAAAGCAGACGGCACACCAGCGAUAAACGGCCACAACCUCAAGGCAGUCUCACUGUUGUGUGACGACAACAGCACGCCUAGUCUUGUAAACUCUGUUUCUCAACAACUCCAAGACAAUGGCUACACCGUGCACACUGUUCAGCUUGGCGAAAGGCUGCCAGAUAAUCAAGACGUGCUUUGUCUGCUUGACUAUGAUCGCCCCUUCUUUGAAGAUAUCGAUGAGACGCGGUACAGCGCUUUCCAGAGUCUUGUCGGAACGCUUGGCAGGUCUCGCCUGCUAUGGGUUAUGCGACCUUGUCAUAUUCGAUGCCAAAACCCAAGGUACGCCCAAAGUAUUGGUGCUGCACGCACAAUCCGCAGCGAGAUGCUCCUGAAUGUCGGUACUUUGGAAGUGGAUGACAUGCAAUCCUCGUUGGACCGAAUUGUUGAAGUGUUUGAGCGCUAUCAGACACGCAACCCGGACGAGAUUCUCAAGCCUGAUUUUGAGUAUGCCAUUUCCGAAGGUGAGGUAUACGUCAGCCGUCUAUACCCAUUCUUACUCGAAGAGGAAACCGCGUCAGGCUCAAGAGACUCAGAGAACGACCAGGAUCAGGUGGCGCUUCACAUGGCGAACCCAGGUCGUCUGACGUCUUUGACAUGGCAAACUUCCGGACCGAAAAAGCUGAGAGACAACCAUGUGGAGGUGCACAUCCAUGCUUCUAGUCUGAAUUUCAGAGAUGUCUUAUGUGCUCUAGGUGUAGUCCCCUUCCCUGAAGAGGGUCUAGGCCUGGAAGCCAGUGGUGUUGUCUGCUGUGUUGGUCCGAAUGUCAAAAACUUCCAAAUCGGUGAUCGAGUGAUGCUUCUUGGUAACGGUUCUUUUGCGACGAACAUUACAGUCGAUGAGAGACACUGUCAAAAGAUUCCUGAUAUCUUGACAUUUGAGGACGCAGCAACGAUGCCCGCUGUUUUUGCGACAGCGAUUUACGCAUUGUUCAAUCUGGGACACUUGCAAAAGGGACAGUCGAUACUUAUCCACAGCGCUUGCGGUGGUGUUGGUCUUGCUGCCAUCCAGCUCGCGAGGAUGGCCGGGGCCGAAAUAUACAUGACUGUCGGCAGCGAGGAUAAGGUUGCACACCUAACCAAUGAGCUAGGCUUCCCUAAGAAUCGGAUUUUCAACUCUCGGGAUAUCAGCUUCGUGGAUGGCUUGAUGCGUGAGACCCAUAGCAAGGGCGUGGACUUGGUCCUGAAUUCCCUGUCGGGUGAGCUUUUGCAUGCGACCUGGCACUGUGUCGCCGAGUUCGGUACUAUGGUUGAGAUCGGAAAGCGGGAUCUUCUGGGCUUUGGUCGCCUCGACAUGGAUGUCUUCUUGGCGAACAGAACCUAUGCUUGUCUAGAUCUCGACCAGCUCAGAGAAAAGAGACAGGAUUCUUGCAAAGAAUUGCUUCGUUCCAUCGUGGAGUUCUACGAGAAGGGCGAUAUCAGCCCCAUCAGGCCCAUCAAAACCUUUGAUGCGUCAGAAAUCCAGAGCGCGUUCCGAAAUAUGCAACAGGGCCAGCACAUCGGCAAGCUUGUCAUCUCCAUUCGAGACAAAGAUGGCUGCGUUAUGGUCAGCAAGUCGAAUCGUGUAAAGACAGCCAAAAAGCUGAAUCUAGACAACUCAGCAUCCUACUUGCUUGUGGGUGGACUUGGUGGUCUAGGACGCUCAGUAUCACGUCUACUGGUCGAGAAUGGUGCCCGCCGCUUGCUUUUCCUUUCCAGAAGCUCGGGACAAAGUCCCGACCACGCCGAAUUUGUGCGUGAAAUGGAGAGCAUGGGUUGUGAAGUUGUUCUCAUCAAAGGCAGCGUUACCAAUUCUGACGAUGUGGCGUAUACGGUGCAACAAGCCGGUCCCUCCUUGAGAGGUAUCUUGCAGUGCACUAUGGUGCUCAGAGAUGUUGGAUUCAUGCAAAUGACUAUCGACGACUGGCACGCAGCUUCUGCGCCCAAGGUGCGCGGCACAUGGCUCCUGCAUGAGGCCACUAUCGCGGCUGGCAUCACCCUCGACUUCUUCUUGCUCUUUUCAUCGCUGUCUGGAACCCUUGGCACACCAGGCCAGGCCAAUUAUGCUGGUGCGAACACAUUCCUCGAUGCUUUCGUACAGUACAGGACCAAUCUUGGCCUGGCUGCGGCUGCAAUCAACAUUGGAGCUGUCAUGGACGUUGGCGCCGCCUCUCUGGAUGACAGUCUGAUGCAGAGAAUGGCACAGGCGUGCGCCCUGGGAAUUAAGGAGCUGGAAUUGCUGGAGUAUAUCACGGCAGCACUAUCGACAUUCUCGCCGAUCAGUGAGGCAGAUCAGCCAGACGUCACCAGCAAUGGUUGCACUGCUAUAAGCAGUGCCAAAUUCUUUGACAGACACACGUUCAUCACUGGUCUUGGAACAACCAUGCCGCUUAACAACCCCGAUAACCGCGCCUUUCACCGACAGGAUAGGAGGAUGGCACUUUACCACAACACCUCGGACUCCUCUGCUUCUCAAAAUGCCGACUGUAAAAGCACCAACGGCCUCGAUGCAUUCUUGAAGCGUGUUCACGCUAGCACCGUCGAAGAAGGUGGUGCGCUCGCGCUCCUCCGUACCAAAGAGACUACUUCGUUCCUCGCACGCCAGAUUGGCCUCAAGCUAUUUACUAUCCUUCUCCGCUCCGAUGAGGAUCUAGACACGGCUGUUCCGCUCUCACAGCUAGGCAUGGACUCGCUGAGCAGUGUCGAGAUGCGUAGUUGGUGGCGCCAGGCUUUCGGAUUUGACAUUACAGUGCUGGAGUUGUUGGUCCUAGAGAGAGAGUAUUGGCUAUAUAGGCAGCUGCUAAGCUAG